AUGGCCGACUACAAUUCCCUCUAUCAGCACGGUCUUUACCUGUCGCCAGAUCAGCAAGAUCUCCUCCUGGCUGCUCUUUCCUCCAACAAUCCGCCCGCAAAACAGCAGAAUAAUUCCCACCCCCCGGCUUCCAAGUCAGACCCCGAGUCUACCCCUGCAACCACAGGUAGUUACAAUAUGAGUCCUGCGUUCGACCCCUCUUACCCUCACUCGGGUGGUCUGGGUUAUGGCGAUGAUGAAAGUCCCUUCCUGGACUUCAACCCCGAACUGGACUUUGACUUUCAAGGCUCCGAGAACCUGAUUGGUGAUCUUCCCGAGAGCCUACCGCAAUCGGAGGAACCGGAGCCGGGAGAGAAGAGGAAGGACAUCGAUGGCGAUGCGGAUGAGAAUGAAGCUUCCGGCAAGAAGCGAAGAGAAAGCGAUGAAAAGGCGGCAAAGAAGCCAGGAAGGAAGCCCUUGACUUCCGAGCCAACCUCGGUACGUAUGCUCGGUUAUCGCGAUGUGGGCGCCGAGAGUCUCGUGUCACUAACAAACUCGCAGAAGCGGAAGGCACAGAACCGGGCUGCGCAGCGAGCGUUCCGUGAACGCAAGGAGAAACACUUGAAGGAUCUGGAAACGAAGGUAGAUGAGCUGCAGAAGGCUUCUGACAACGCGAACCAGGAAAAUGGGUUGCUCCGUGCUCAAAUCGACCGCCUGCAAGUCGAAUUGAGAGAGUAUCGCAAGCGUCUCUCCUGGCUGACCACGGGAACUGGUGUCUCUGCCAUGAAUGCCAUCCCCGGAGCCUAUCCCAACAAGGGAUCGUAUGGCCUUCAGAACAAUGAUUUCAUGUUUGACUUCCCCAAAUUCGGGGAUCUUCCGGGCUCCCACAUUUUCAAUAACGGCCAAUUGUCCAAGGCGCAGCAGAGUGCUAAAGGAGAGCCAUCCACAGCAACGUCGCGUAAUGACUCCCGUGUGCCAGGUGUUGUGAGCCGUAACUCCCUGAGCAGUGCUCAGUCCAACGGUGCGCCCGCGGGCAGGACUCCCAGCUCCGUGUCCCACCAGGGUUCCACUCCUGCGUCCACGAGGAAGUCCACUCCGAAGGUGUCCUUAUACAACGGCACGGCUCAAUCCACCUCUACGCAUGAUUCCUCUACGACUGACUCGCCAUCCUCCUCGUCCGAUUCCCACCAGAGCCAGAGUCUUUCGUCCAACGGCACAUCCCCGGAACCCACUAUUAGUUCUCCUGCUACUAAGGCUCAUCACCACCACGGUGCUCAUGAUGGCUGCACUUAUACCACCAUCGAUGGUGAGGAAUCCUUCUGCGCGCAACUUGGCAUGGCAUGUGGCAAUAUCAAUAACCCCAUUCCAGCCGUCCGGCAUAACAGCCAAAGCGCGUCAAAUACCCCUAAUCAGGAGGCUCCCCACGAGGAUGUUGCGGGUCUGGAUACGCUCGCUCAGCAGAACGGCGGCCAGUUCGAUCCCGUUCUCUUCGGAGACUGGCGUGAGCCUCAGGAUGCAAUCCUGUCUCAGGACUUUGGAACAUUCUUUGACGAUGCCUUCCCCCUGCCCGAUCUGGGAAGCCCUUCACACAACCUCACGGAAGCGGCCACCCAACAACCCCCGAAGAAAGACUUGAUCGCAGAGAUCGACAGCAAGUUGGAUGAAGAGGUUGUGCCUGGAGAAGAUAAGUCUCAGAUGCUGAGUUGCACGAAGAUAUGGGAUCGUCUGCAAUCCAUGGAGAGAUUCCGCAACGGAGAGCUCGAUGUCGAUCAUCUUUGCUCCGAACUACGCAUGAAGGCGCGGUGUUCGGAGGGCGGUGUGGUCGUCAACCAGCAAGAUGUUGACGACAUCAUGGGGCGGGCGAAAUAG